AUGCAGCAAGAUGCGAGGGCCGACGAAGCCCUCGCCCGGAUGGGCUACCAGAGCGAACUGCCGCGGCACCUCAGCAUGCUGAGCAUCCUGGGGCUCUCUUUUGCCAUCAUGGCGGCCCCCUUUGGUCUCAGCACCACCCUGUACAUCACCCUGACAGACGGCCAGGCCGUCACGGUGCUCUGGGGAUGGGUGCUGGUCACCCUCAUCUCCAUCGCCAUCGCUGCCUCGCUCGCCGAGAUCUGCGCCGUCUAUCCCACUGCCGGCGGCGUCUAUUACUGGAGCGCGGUGCUGUCGACCCCGGAAUGGGCGCCUCUCAUGUCCUUCAUCGACGGCUGGUUGACGCUCGUCGGCAACUGGACUGUCACCCUCAGCAUCGCCUUCUCUGGUGCACAGCUGAUCCUCAGCGCCGUCACCCUGUGGGACGCUGACUUUGUUCCUACCGCCUGGCAGACCAUUGUUGUCUUCUGGGCUAUCAUGUUGAUCUGUGCCCUGGUGAACAUCUUUGCCGCCAGGUAUCUCGACUUGAUCAACAAAGUCUGCAUCUUCUGGACUGCCACCAGCGUCAUCAUCAUCCUCAUCACCCUCCUGACCAUGGCGGACAGUCGGCACGAUGCCAAGUUUGUUUUUACCCAUUAUGACGCCUCAUCCAGUGGCUGGCCCUCCGGAUGGGCUUUCUUCGUGGGAUUGCUGCAGGCAGCAUACACCAUGACUGGGUAUGGAAUGGUGGCAGCCAUGUGUGAGGAAGUGCAGAAUCCACAGCGCGAGGUGCCCCGGGCCAUUGUGCUAUCAGUGGUUGCCGCCGGCAUUACCGGACUGCUCUACCUGAUUCCCAUCCUGUUUGUGCUACCGCCCGUUGAGCUGUUGCUGCAGGCAGCCAACGACCAACCGAUCGCCCUGUUAUUCCAGACUGUCACCGGCUCUGCCGCAGGCGGCUUCGGCCUACUCUUCCUUAUCCUGGGGAUCUUGAUGUUCGCGGGCAUCGGAGCCCUGACGGCCGCCAGCCGCUGCACGUACGCCUUUGCUCGUGACGGCGCCAUCCCGGGCUUCCACCUGUGGCGGCGGGUGGACUCGCGGCUCGACGUGCCCCUUUGGGCCAUCAUUCUAUCUACCGCAGUCGAUUGCCUGCUGGGCCUCAUCUAUUUCGGCUCGUCCGCCGCUUUCAACUCCUUCACCGGCGUCGCGACCAUCUGCCUGUCAACCUCGUACGGUCUGCCGAUCCUCAUCUCCGUCCUGCGUGGACGCCAGGCCGUCAGUCGCUCUUCCUUCUCGCUUGGCCGUUUUGGAUACGCCAUCAACAUCCUGACGCUCGUCUGGAUCGUUCUCGCCGUCGUGCUGUUCUGCAUGCCCGUCGCCCUGCCCGUCAGCGCCUCGUCGAUGAACUACGCUAGCGUCGUCUUCUCCGGCUUCGCUGCCAUCAGUCUCAUCUGGUACCUCGUAUAUGCCCGAAAGGCUUUCACAGGGCCCCCUGUUACCAACCCAGAGGCCAUCACCGGUACUGUGGUGAUCGACGCAGAGAACGGUCACGAAGCACAGGAAACGAAGAAAUCCGAGGGAACCCUUCCAGCAUGUCCAAUGCUGAUUGAUUUCCUAGAUCGAGUCUUUGUCCAUGCCCUUAACACUGUUAAGAGAAUCCCGCGUACGGGAACCGCCAGACCCCCCGCCGCCGAGCGAUUGAAGCUAUAUGGCUUAUACAAACAGAGCAUGGAGGGGGAUGUCGAGGGUGUGAUGGGUAGGCCGGUGGGCACUGCGGCGGACGUGCAAGCAGAAUGCGAGAAAUGGAAUGGUGUUAACGGAUGUAGGGAUUCAUGGUACGCUCAACGCGGACUAGGUCGUACAGAGGCCAAGCGUCGAUACAUCUCGACCCUGAUCGAUACGAUGCAUCAGUACGCGUCGCAGACUCCCGAGGCGCGGGAGCUAGUGAGUGAGCUUGAAUUCGUCUGGGAUCAGAUUAAGUCGAACGCCUCAUCUUCUUCUUCGGCGUCGUCUAGUCCGUUACGACCCACGGCAGUUCCACCGUUACACCAACAAACGGCUUCCUAUCCUAGUAUCGCAGGGAGACUAGCACGGGCUGACUAUAUCGAGGAUAAUUCACGCCUGCGUGUCCUAAGUCCCGUCAGUCAACCAGAAGGCGAAUAUCGACGUCGAAUGGGAAGUAUCCGAAGCGGGAAUGAUGGAGAGCAGGAACAUGCACUAGAAGAAGACGAAAGAGGAGGAGAAGAAGAAGAAGAAGAAGAAGAAGAAGAAGAAGAAGAAGAAGCAGAAGAAGAAGAAGAAGAAAAUGAAGGAGACGAGGAAGACGAAGACGACGAAAACGAGCAGUACGAAGAGGCUCGAGAUAGUCUCUACGAGGAUGACGAGGGUACGGCGCAUAGCGACUCACAACCCGUCCUGCGGCACAGCUCAGGAGGCGGGAGGAAAGACCCUGACCGCGAUAUAAACCCCCGGCGAUGGCGCCAACGGGUCGAGCAGGCCUUGACCAAGAUGACAGCCGAGAUCGCUGCGGUACGAGAACAGAUGGAGGCUCGGACCCUCGCGAGCCGACGCCGGUCAGGCCUCCUGGCGUGGUUGAAAUGGCUCAUCUGGGCGGCCACGAGGCAAAUCCUUGUCGACCUCGCCGUCCUGAGCAUGGUCCUGAUCUGGAUGCGUCUCCGCGGGGACCGGCGUCUUGAGGAGAAACUACAGGUCGGCUGGUCGGCGAUCAAAGCACGGCUGGGUAAGUUGAAGCAUGUCCGGCGUCUUCCUGAAUUACCAUGA